UCUUCACUUCAGUUCUUCAGUUCGAUCUCUUAACAACAGUUCGAAAAAAAAAAAGAAUCAUGCGUUUUACAAUCGUGAAGUUUCUUUUUACGCUGUUUCUGACUUUAGCUGUGGCUGGACCAACUAGACCGAAAAUUUCUGAGAAGAAAUCUUUAGCCGACAAUACGAAACUCGUGAAGGAAGUUCCAAAGAUCGAAGAGAUUGGUGAUGAAAAGGAUCGAUCGAAGAAAUCUACUACAACUUUCUGCGUGGAGAUCAAACCUGGAAGUAACGAACCUGUUCAGAUACCUUGUGCUUGCAAGAAUGGGGAAGGAAACGUUCCAGAAUCAUCUAUUCAACAAAUUCCUCAACCAGUUUCUUAUUUAUCUCCUCAACAAAUGCCAGGACAUCCACAUAAUCCUCAGAGUGUGAAUAUUAUUCAUGCACCACCUCACCCACCUCAAACAUUAAAUAUCAUUCAACCAGCACCGACUCUACACGCAGUACAAUUUUUGCAGCCUCAAGCCAACAAUCCACCAUCUGUUCAAACUCUUAAUUUCCUGCAACCAUCUGCCCAAUUACCCGAGCCAGUACAUCAAUCUCUUCACAUCACGCUGCCAUCGAAGUCAGAAUUAGAUUUAUCCGAACCUGUUCAUUCUGAAAAAAUAGUCCUGCCAUCUUCCGAGCCUGCAGUUCAACCAGUUCCCCAGCUAGAACCUCAACCAGCUCCUCAGCCAGCUCCUCUGCCAGCUUCUCAGCCAGCUCUUCAGCCAGUUCCUGAACCAAUUCCUCAGCAAGAACACUCGCAUAAAUCGGAAGUUCACGUUUCGGUUGUAACCGAAAACAAGGAGGAUAAUGAGGAAAAACAAAAACCAGAGAUGAUCGUAAAUCCCCUACCGAAGCCUGUCGAAACUAUCAACCUAGUACCAGUGGCUCCGAUUCGUCAACCCUAUGAAGAACAAGUCGUUGUUGUACCGAAUCCUGUUAUAGUAACAAAUCAAGAAAACUGCCAUCCAGGUACUUAUGUUCAAGUACCAUCGAUUCCUUACGGAGCAAACUAUCAGCAAUCGGAAUCGGUUAUCCAAAUACCAGAAUCAACGUAUCAACAGCCAAGACCAUUCCAUACCGAAUGUAGCUGCAAACAAACGCAUCCAGCACACUUAACUGAUGGAUCUUCUGUAUUACGGACUCAUUUUAAGGAUAAGGGCACGAAAGUUAUACCAAUGGUCAUCUAUCCUCCUGCUGCACCACCCGUUUCUGUAGUAUCACCAGUUCAUUAUAAACCGGAAAUAUCUUCUCUUCCUCAUUCAUCUAACUAUCCAAUGGUCAUUAGUAUGCAGACCGCGAGAAAUAAGGAAGGAAUGCAAUCAGGAGAAAUGUCUGAUAUGAAAACCUAUAAAUCUAUGGAUAGCUCAGCUCGUUAUAGCAAUGAUCAAACUCCAAAUAUGUACUACGAUAUGAGUACAGGAAUGCAACUUAUGGAUAUUGGUCGUCAAGCUGUUCCGGAAAAUCAAAAAAAUGAGGAAAACAUGAAAAUGAGCGUAUUGUCUAAUGAAACCUUCAAACCUAGAUUCACAAGAAACGAUAAGGAUGUCAUGGUGAACGAGAAAAAUAUCGAGGAAUAAAUAUCAUGGACGAAAAUCGUUUAAUUCGAAGGAACAGCCUAAUAUUUUUUGUUGAUAAUCCAUUCAGAUUACUUUGAACGUGUCAUUCUCAUAUGUCUUCUUUGUUUUCUUGUUGUUUAUUUCAUAUCUUUCGAAAUAUCACAAUCGAUAAGAUGUACGAAUAAAAUAAAAUAUGAAUAACAUUA